AUGUCCAACCUCUCCGACGACACGCUGCGCAAGAUUCUGCAGCAGAUCCAGACGCAGGCCAUCAACGGCCAGCGCCAGAGCGCCAUCGUCCGCGCCCAGAUCCAGCAGAAGGAGAAGGAGAAGAAGAUCCUCGAGCUCACUAUGCGGGAACUGGCCAGCGUGCCCGAGGGAGAGGGAAAGCUGUACCGUGGUGUUGGCAAGAUCUUGCUCGGUACGGCGGGUUCGGUGGCCUUCGACUGCUGCUUUUCUCUUAUCCUGGCAGCUGACCUCAGGUUUAUUGAACAGUCUCGCUCUUCCAUCAACGGACGACACAAGUCGCUCGAGACAUCGCUCGGCGAGGACAUCUCGAGUCUGCAGAAGAAGCAGAAGUACUACGACCGGCAGGUCGAGGAGGCUAACGGCCAGCUCCGCGACAUCAGCCGCGAGCAGUAG